AUGUUCCCCCACUCCUCUGUCCACAACGUCCCUCCUCACCCCCCCUCCUGCCUUCCCCACUCCCACUCUGGCCCCCACACCUCUACGAGCCGUACCUCCCCCUCCAGCCUCCCUUUUCCCCCCCAGCUACUUCCGCAUCCAGCGUGGGCUGCACCUCUGCAUCCUGCCUGCCAGGCCCUCGAUGACCCAACUGCCGCCACCGACACCACGCCGCCUUUCCCACCCCCAUCCAAUCUCUACACCCCCUGCCCCCUGCUCCCUGCGCAAUCCAGCCAGCCUACCCCAGGCCUCCCUCUACCUCUCCCUAACUCCACACCGCCGUUCCACCCCAGCCAGGGUCUACACCCUGCUUUUGCUCCCUGUGCUGUGCCGUCCCCAACCUCCUCUCCCCCUUCUCCAACACCCUCCAUAUUUCCUACCCCCUGGGGCUCGCCCAUCCGCACGACCUCCUUUCGGUGCCCUCUCGGCCCUCCCACGUUCUCACCCCCCGCCUCCCAACCUUCUCAUUACCCGCUACCAGGCUCACGCCAACUCGACUACCCACUACCCUUUGCCCCUUCCUCUCUGUUCCCCAACCCUUCCUUCCCCACUUGGCUCCACCUGCCCCACCCCCACCUCCCGUGGAAUUCUGCCCUGCCCUCCCCACCUCUGGCCCACCAACCUGUCCCCACACCCUGCUCACCCACCACUACAUCACCCCCGCCCCCCCACCAUCCACUACAGCCCGCCAACACUUCCCCUCUCAACCGGCCCCCAGCCCGCCCCCCCCUUGGGGCCCCAAUCCCCUCCAACUGUCAGGCCCCCUCUACCCUCUCUUCCACCCAACUGCGCACUGCUUUCCCCACCCUUUUUCCAUUUCCCCAAGCUAACCCCCCGCACCCCGGCCUCUGCCAGGGAGUUCCUUCCCCCUUUGACGCCCUCUUGAGCCAACUCCAGCAACUCACACCGACCACCCGCCAGGCAUGCUGCCUCUGUAACAAUGCCCCAGCACCCCGCGAGUGGGGAAAAGGCAGACCCGGGAGCCCCUCGGCAAUCUGGGAGGGUCCCGCAGCCGAGCCACCCCCUACUCUCCCACUCCCCCCACUUCAACAAUUACUUGUGAAAACACUUAAUCCUACUAGCACCCCCAAGCACAUAGAAGCGGGAGAGGGGCAGAGCCAGGGGGAACUUGCAGCUAACACUGCACGGGAAGGGGUAAGUGAAUGUGUGUGUGAAGGAGCAGCAGAGGCUGCAGAGGAUGGGGCAGCAAAGGCUGCACGGGAAGGGGCAAUGGGGGUUGUGGGGAAGGGGCAGCAGAGGUUGCAGAGGAAAGGGCAGCAGAGGCUGCAAGGGAAGGGGCAGCAGCGGCUGCACGGGAAAGGGCGGCAGAGGGCUGCACGGGAAGGGGCGGCAGGGACCGUGACUCUGGCCAGGCAAAGGGCAGAGGCCAUGGAGACAGUAGGGGCGGCAGGGGCCGCAGAAAACGCGAGGAAACACACAGCAGGGCCGGCAGAGACUGCAAAAGGGGCUAGCAGUAAAGCAGCAGCAGGCGGGGUGGGCUCGGGGGACAUAGGGGCAACAGGGGAAGGAGAGGUGAGUGUGGUCCCGACCGGGGUGGGCACUGAAGAGGGGGAUGUGAUAGCGAUAGAGGAGGAUGAGGGAGAGGAUGUGAUGCACAUUGACGGGCCACUGGCCCAAUACCUCACGCUUGACGGUGAGGCCGACCCGGCCCCCCUGCAGCCUCACGUCGAGGUUCCCCCUCUACCCCCCAUGCCCAUCCCCAUGCUAGCAGAAGGACCGAUGGAGGGGCUGGGGGAGACCUUGAGGACAGAGCCGCGCGAGGGAGCCCCCAUCCUCACCUCCCGUCCUCCAGCCCACCCACCCCCAGGAGCACCACUUCCCCACCCCCACCCUCAGGCACCCAAACCACCCGAGUCGCCGCACAGCCCCAACACGCCCACCCAACAGGCUGCCCCCCUCACACCACCCCCCCCCCAGGCAGCCGAGACCCACCCGCAAGGGCUUGCGCCCCAGGCUCAUGGGAGCGGCGGCACCCGGGUAGAGGGGCCCACAGGAGAGGCCACCACAGAGCCCACACAAAUCUCUCUCCCCCCACCGCUUGUACCUCGCUCUAACCUCCACACUGGCCCAGCCCCUCGACCCCCACCUCCAACCCCCUCUCCCGGCCGGGUUCCCCACGAGUGGCCCCGUUGGGCAGCCAUCACCCCCCACACACAGCCUGCCCGAUCUGUUCCCACGGAGGGGGAUGUGGCGGCGGCCGCGAUCGCUACUGGGAUGGAGGCCGUCGGGUUGAGGGAUGCGCCCAUGGAAGACGCCACCGACUCCCCCUCCCAUCCCUCCCACCCCUUCCAUGUCGACGACCCCCUACCGCAACCCAUGGUGAUUGGGGAGGGCCAAGGGGGCCUUCUAGGGCAGGGUCCACACCCGAGCUCCGCUCAGCCAGCACGCCCCACUCCAACCUCUACCCUGCCAGCCCUCCUACUCUCACCUACAGGCAGGCAGGUCUUCGAGACCCCAGAGGAGGUGAGGGCCGGCAUUUCAGAUUUGCUGGCGAUACACCGCCCGAGCAGCUCUCCGGCUGCCCCCACCCUUCCAGUCCCACAGGACCGGACCCGGACGUAUGCGGAAGUCACCCGGUCUGUCCCUUCUUUUAUCCCCCCCGCCACUCAGCCAGGCGCGUCACUCCCGACCCCAAUGGAGACGGACCGGGUUCUGAGGCCGUGUCACGCGCACCUAGAUGGGGUGGCGCCUCCCCCCGUUCACCCCGUGGCGCAGGAGGUCACCAGCAGUAGGGAUGAGGCAUCCGCCCCUACCGAGACCCCUCCGCCUGGGGUAGCAGAGCCGUCACUUGAACCGCACCCCGCCGAGGGGCAGGAGCACACCACGGCACACACUUCAAGCUCACCUCCACGUCCCCCCUCCCCAGCUUCGACACCGGUACCGGCACGAGGCCCGGCCCUAUCCUGUGCGACACCACCUCUAUCUUCGCUGACACCCCCCAUGCACGGGGCUGGUGAGUCGUCUCCUCCCCUCAUCCCAGGUGAUCCUCUCGGAGCUCAGGCCGCCCACGGGGUCCCCUCUACAGCCAGUUCCGACGCCACGGCCCCGAUUGACCCCGCCGACACGGCGACAUCACCCGACCAGGCCGUGAGUUGCCCCACCUGCAGGAGCUCUCUCGCGAACCGACGCGCGCUCCAGCACCACAUUCCCUUCUGCCAUCCUGCGGGCGCGGCUCGCAGGGCACAGGCUGCCCAUGAUACCGCCUCGAUCAUCCCUUCCCUCUCACAGCCCCGUGCGACCGGGAUACAGUUCACCGACGCACAGUGGCAGACGCUCGACUCGGUGGACUGGACAGAGUACUUCUCGCCCGAGCGUAUCCAUGCACGACCUCUCCGACGUGUCCCAGAGAGGGUCCGCGGAGGAUAUCUCGACGUCCUCAGUGCGAUCCUAGUCCGCAUUGCCCAGGACCCGGAGGCUGCUGGCCCUACCUUCCUCCUCGCUGCAGCGCCGACUCUUUUCCUUGUUCCAGCGACGCCACCCGACCGCUCGCACACGGCUGCCAUUGCAACGCGCAUCUCCCGCUUUGGUCGAGGUGAGUGGGCUGAGCUAGUCUCAGAUGCACUAGGCCGUCGCACACCCCUUCCUCGGCGCACAGGUCACCGGUCACGCACCGCCACCGAUCCCUCUACAGCAGAUGAGCGCCGCAUUGCACGUUGCCUUCGUCUGGCAGCGUGCAAUGAGACCUCACGGGCGUGCGCGGCUCUCGAGUCCGCGGAGGCAGCCCCAGAUACACAGGGGACGAUACAGCGCCUGCAGUCGAAGCACCCCAACGCGGAGAGGCCGACCCCAGCUUGGCAGUCUGGCUUCCAGGGGUCCCCUCUCGUGCUCUCGGUGGAUCACUUACGCCGCGCGAUUUUCACAGCUCCGCGGGGCUCUUCGGGAGGACCGUCCGGUUGGGUCGCUGAGCACCUGCGAGACACUUUCCUAGCUUUCCCUCAGAGUCUCCAUUUCCUCCUGGCCGUGUACCAGCAGUGGCUCCGAGGCCGUUGCGCUCCAGCUGCGCGCUCCUUGCUAGCAUCUUCCACCCUCGUGGCUCUGGCGAAGUCGAACAUGGAUGUUUGGCCGAUUGCCAUCGGCGAGGUUUUGGUCCGCAUUCUUUCUCGUGCAGUCUGUCUCCAGCUACGUGACCAGAUGGCGAGGAUUUUCUUGGCGUCACAGCAGUUUGGGGUGGGGGUUAUGUGCGGGACAGAGGUCGUAGUUAGAGGCGUCCGCCGCGCUCUGGCUGACCACCCAGACUGGGUGGUCCUGCAGCUAGACGUGGCGAAUGCCUUUAACUCUUUCCACCGAGACAGGAUGUUCCAGGCGCUGCAGGCCAGCCCGGAGUUUCAGUGCCUGAUCCCCUUCAUCGGCCUCUUCUACGGGACGCCCUCGGAUCUCCACUACAGCCGGUUCUGGUGGAGGGGGGAUGUCCAGCUCUGGUCGUACGCCGAUGACACGUACGUGCUAGGUCCCCCAGACAGGGUGCUGCACCACUUUGCCGAGAUCGUGAGGCGCUUGGGCGAGAUGGGCCUUGCAGCCCAGCCGCACAAGUGCCUCGUCUACCAGAUAGAGUCCUUUCUGUCCAGGGAUCUGGAGGCCUUCACGGGCCUAGGGAUCGAGGUCGCACGCCGAGGGCUCACCGUGACAGGCAUACCGGUAGGCACCGUUUCGUUCGUGGAGCAGAGUCUCUCGGAUCGUCUCGAGAGGAUGGGGCGGGUGCUACCUUGGCUUCCGAGGUUGCGCCAGCCCCAGACAGCUGCCCGCCUUCUGUCGGCGUGUGUCAGCACUCGUCCGCAGUACCUGUCGAGGACCGUCCCUCCUUCGCCCGCAGUGAUCUCUAGUUUGACACGGUGGGACGCACGCCUGGGAGAGACAUUUCAGCAGCUUUUAGCUUCAGGGACCUGGGCUUGUCGCGAGGACGUCCGAGAGGCCGCCCUAGACCAGAUCUUCCUCCCCAUCCGUCUCGGGGGUUUCGGCAUUCGUCGCAUGGCACGCAUUGCCCCGGUGAGUUUCGUGUGCUCCUGGGUGCAGUGUGCUCCCAUUCUCUGUUCUCUCCCUGCGUGUGGCGAGGCGUUUCGGCAGAGCUUCGCUUCAGGUGAGCCAGAGCAGAUCGACCGGGCUCUGCAGACGGCGCUAGAGGGUCUCCCACCUGACGUUCUCUCUCUCCUUCCCCCCUGGCCCUCUUGCGCUUCUGCCUCCCCCGAUUCCCUUUUUGCAGGAGCGAGCCGUCUUCUGGAGGCGCAUGCCUUGGAGGCUGUGCGUGCCCGUCACUCCUCUCCCUUGCACCUUGCCCGUUUGACUUCCCUUCAGGGCGGAGGUGCAGGGGCGUGGUUGACGUCGGUGCCGUACGCUGACCCACUGCGCAUCCCGGAGGCGCUGUGGCAGACGGCUUCAUCUUCUCGUCUUGGUCUCCCUAUCCCCCAGUUAGCCCUUGCAGGUCAGUGCUCCUGCGGACAGGCGAUUGACGACAUGACGGUGCCUCAUCACGCGGUUCGGUGCCCGCGCUACGGGGUCGCCACUACCAUCCACGACACGGUGAAGUACAUGCUUCGAGACUUUGCAGUCGAGGCGGGCUUCGCGGUAAAGGUGGAGGACUCUACGCUGUUCACACAGUUGGAGGCGGCUCGAGCGAGACUACUGGGACAGCCAGUGGUGGGAGAGGGGACGCGGGCUGAGGGACCGGGGGAGCAGAGAGGCGAGGCGGGAUCGCCGGGUGGUGGGGGACAGUGGGGACAGCACCAGCUGCGGGGUCAGGUGGAGCGAGGGAUAGGUGGGCAGAGGGGACGGCAGGGGGAGCAGACGGGCCAGGACGGGGAGGGGAGACGGCACAGGCAGCAGCAGGAGAGCCAGUGGAGGCCGCGGGCCCAGGGCGCCGCGCCUCCAGGUUCGGCCUCGGGGGGAGUGAGAGAGGCAGCAGGGGAUGGAGCAGGGGGUUCGGGAGGGUUGGGGGAGGGUAGAGAGGGGGAGGGGAGAGGACAGGUGGAUGGAGGAGAGGAGAGGGGGAGAGAGACGAUCGGAGAGGAGGCACCAAGGGACCAGACAGGGCAGCAGCCAGCGCAACAGCAGGGACCAGUCGGACGCACAGGCCGUGUAGGCACCACCUCCCGCAUCCCAGACCUCACCUGCCGCGACGUUGGCCAAGGUCUGAUGGUUCUUGUGGAUGUCUCCAUAGCGGAUCCACAGCGGGAGGGGAACGUGCAGCUGAGACGGGCGACCCCCACACAGAUUGGAGUGGCAGCAGCUAGGCGGGUGCAGGAGAAGCUGCGGCACUGGGGGCCGCACUUAGAGGGGCUGCAGCCGGCACCACACUUUUACGCGUGCGUGGCGGAGACCUUUGGCCUUCUGAGUGAGCCGCUGCGUCAUCACACCCCCUGCCCCCUCAUGCCAUCCGCUCCCCCCGCCCCUACCCUCCGCGUGCCCGCUCCCUUGCCGCCUCUUUUGACCCUCCCUGCCCCACCUCGCCAUUUCCCACUGCCCGCCAUUCGCUCCUCCCCGCCCGUGCGCUCCCCUCCUUUACCUUCUCCUCCCCCCUCCCCUCCUCUGCUGCACGCCUCUUCCUUCCCCUCGCCGACCCACUCCACUCCCUGCCCCUCCUCAAUCCGCACCCUGCCCCUCGUAUCUCGCCCCCCUAUGCUUGGUUUCUCCCCUCCCUGCCCCUCGCCGCCUUUCCCCGCUCCCCACCUCCCCCCUCUCCCUGCCCCCCCACUCUCCCCCCCCUUGUCCUUGGCUUCCUACCUCCCUGCCUCACCUUUCCCCCCUCCGUGUGCUCAGCUUCUCCCCUCCCUGCCCCUCCCUCCUCCCCGCCCUGCCCCUCAUUUUCCGCCCCCCCCACGCCCGGUUUCUCCCCUCCCCGCACCUCCCUUUCUUUCUCCGUGCCUCUCCUUUGCUCCCUCCCUGCCCCCGCCUGCCCAUGCCCCUGUCUUUGGCUUCUCCCCUCCCUGCCCCACGUUUCUUCCCUCCCUGCCCCCCGUCUGCCCCUCCCUUGUUUUCCCCUCACCCAUUGCUUCUCUCCUCCCUGCCCUUGAUUUCCCACACCCCUGCCCUCGUUUCCUAUCAUCCAUGCCCCUCGUUUCCCCCCUUUGUACGUUCAGCCUCUUCCCUCCCUGCCCCUCCCUUCCUCCCCCCCUGCCCUUUGCUCUCCCCUCGUUACGCUCCCUUCUCCCCAUCCCUGCUGCCCUCUUACCACCAUCAGCCCAUCCCCACGACCAGCCCCCCUCCCACCCUUCAAUCCCCCCCUCCCUCUCUCUCCCUCUCUCUCUCUCUCUCGCUCUCUCUCUCUCUCUCUCUCUCUUUCUCACACACACACACACGCACACUCCCCUCCCCCACCCCCCACGUACAUCCUCCCUUUCUGCCCCUCCCUGCCCCUUUCCCACCCCCUCGCACGCCCCUCACCUCCCACCUCCGUGCAACUGGUUUCCCCCCUAUGGUGCCACCCUUGCAUCGCUCGCCCCUCUGCUCACCCUCUGCCCGCCCCUUUUCCAUGCCCUCAGUUGGCCCAGCCCCUGCCCGUUGCUGCCCCUCCCCUUGCCCCCUCAACUCCCCUGCCCCCCGUACACCCCAAGUCCCAUCCAACCGCCCCCACCCUCCCCCGGCUGCCCGUUUCCGCUCUCCACCCCCGCGACCGUGUGCGGCUUCCAACCGCCCAACGGUGGUGCGCACGGGGCGUUUCUUCGCACGGGCAAGCCUCCCCGGGGGCCCCCCACCCCGCUGGGUCGUUCCCCCCGUCUCCCUGCCCUUAGUACCGCCGCGCUCUGCCCGUGCGUCACCCUCGCCCACUUCAUACCACCUCCCCCUUCUCCCCCCCCCCCCCCCCCGGCUUCCCCCUAUCAUCACCCGCAUGUUCCCCCACUCCCCUGUCCACAACGUCCCUCCUCCACCCCCCCUCCUGCCUUCCCCACUCCCACUCUGCUCCCCACACCUCUACGAGCCGUACCUCCCCCUCCAGCCUCCCUUUUCCCCCCCAGCUACUUCCGCAUCCAGCGUGGGCUGCACCUCUGCAUCCUGCCCUGCCAGGCCCUUCGACGACCCAACUGCCGCUACCUGACACCACGCCGCCUUUCCCACCCCCAUCCAAUCUCUACACCCCCUGCCCCUGCUCCCUGCGCAAUCCAGCCACCUACCCCAGCCUCCCUCUACCUCUCCCUAACUCCACACCGCCGUUCCCACCUCCAGCCAGGGUCUACACCCCUUGCUUUUGCUCCCUGUGCUGUGCCGUCCCCAACCUCCGUCCGCCUUUCCGCGGCACCAGACCGCCUCUCCCUCCCCCAGCCAACCUCUGCACCCCCUGUUCCUGCCCCUUGUGCCUUCCAACACCCUACCCCAACCCCCCCCAGUCUCCCCCUUCUCCAACACCCUCCAUAUUUCCUCCCCCCUGGGGCUCGCCCAUCCGCAGCCCCCUCUACCCUCUCUUCCACCCACUGCGCACCGCUGUCCCCACCCUUUUUCCAUUUCCCCAAGCUAACCCCCCGCACCCCGGCCUCUGCCAGGGAAUUACUUGUGAAAACACUUAAUCCUACUAGCACCCCCAAGCACAUAGAAGCGGGAGAGGGCAGAGCCAGGGGGGAACUUGCAGCUAACACUGCACGGGAAGGGGUAAGUGAAUUUGUGUGUGAAGGAGCAGCAGAGGCUGCAGAGGAUGGGGCAGCAAAGGCUGCACGGGAAGGGGCAAUGGGGGUUGUGGGGGAAGGGGCAGCAGAGGUUGCAGAGGAAAGGGCAGCAGAGGCUGCAAGGGAAGGGGCAGCAGCGGCUGCACGGGAAAGGGCGGCAGAGGCUGCACGGGAAGGGGCGGCAGGGACCGUGACUCUGGCCAGGCAAAGGGCAGAGGCCAUGGAGACAGCAGUCGAGGCUGCUAGGACUGCAGCAGGAGCGACAGAGGCCACAGUGGGGGCCGGUACAGGGGGAGGUGCUACGGGUGCAGCGGGGAAGGGGGUAACGGGGACUGGUGCGAGGGAGAGUGCCGCCCCGCCUGUAGCAAGAGAGGGUACGGCAGGGGCUAGAGUGGGAGAAGGGACAGCAGUGGCCUCAAAGGCAGAAGGUGAGGCUGCAGCUGAAGCAGCAGGGAGGGCCAUAGCACGGCCAGUAGGGGCGGCAGGGGCCGCAGCAAACGCGGGGAAACACACAGCAGGGCAGGCAGAGACUGCAAAAGGGGCUAGCAGUAAAGCGGCAGCAGGCGGGGUGGGCUCGGGGGACAUAGGGGCAACAGGGGAAGGAGAGGUGAGUGUGGUCCCGACCGGGGUGGGCACCGAAGAGGGGGAUGUGAUAGCGAUAGAGGAGGAUGAGGGAGAGGAUGUGAUGCACAUUGACGGGCCACUGGCCCAAUACCUCACGCUUGACGGUGAGGCCGACCCGGCCCCCCUGCAGCCUCACGUCGAGGUUCCCCCUCUACCCCCCAUGCCCGUCCCCAUGCUAGCAGAAGGACCGAUGGAGGGGCUGGGGGAGACCUGGAGGACAGAGCCGCGCGAGGGAGCCCCCAUCCUCACCUCCCGUCCUCCAGCCCACCCACCCCCAGGAGCACCACUUCCCACCCCCACCCUCAGGUCCCGCCCCCCCCUCCGUCCCCAACGCCUGACCCCACGGUUGCAGGCGGUCCACCGGGAGAGCACGCGGGCACCCAAACCACCCGAGUCGCCGCACAGCCCCAACACGCCCACCCAACAGGCUGCCCCCCUCACACCACCCCCCCCCCAGGCAGCCGAGAUCCACCCGCAAGGGCUUGCGCCCCAGGCUCAUGGGAGCGGCGGCACCCGGGUAGAGGGGCCCACAGGAGAGGCCACUACAGAGCCCACACAAAUCUCUCUCCCCCCACCGCUUGUACCUCGCUCUAACCUCCACACUGGCCCAGCCCCUCGACCCCCACCUCCAACCCCCUCUCCCGGCCGGGUUCCCCACGAGUGGCCCCGUUGGGCAGCCAUCACCCCCCACACACAGCCUGCCCGAUCUGUUCCCACGGAGGGGGAUGUUUCGAGGAGAGAGGGGAUGCACACAGAGCACCCCCCGCCUGGCGAACCACCCAUCCUCCCUCCACCCACCCCUUUGGCCCCACAGCCCCCCCUUCCUUCACAAACAGGCGCGGACAACCAGGUGGCGGCGGCCGCGAUCACUACUGGGAUGGAGGCCGUCGGGUUGAGGGAUGCGCCCAUGGAAGACGCCACCGACUCCCCCUCCCAUCCCUCCCACCCCUUCCAUGUCGACGACCCCCUGCCGCAACCCAUGGUGAUUGGGGAGGGCCAAGGGGGCCUUCUAGGGCAUGGUCCACACCCGAGCUCUGCUCAGCCGGCACGCCCCACUCCACCCUCUACCCUGCCAGCCCUCCUACUCUCACCUACAGGCAGGCAGGUCUUCGAGACCCCAGAGGAGGUGAGGGCUGGCAUUUCAGAUUUGCUGGCGAUACACCGCCCGAGCAGCUCUCCGGCUGCCCCCACCCUUCCAGUCCCACAGGACCGGACCCGGACGUAUGCGGAGGUCACCCGGUCUGUCCCUUCUUUUAUCCCCCCCGCCACUCAGCUAGGCGCGUCACUCCCGACCCCAAUGGAGACGGACCGGGUUCUGAGGCCGUGUCACUCGCACCUAGAUGGGGUGGCGCCUCCCCCCGUUCAGCCCGUGGCGCAGGAGGUCACCAGCAGUAGGGAUGAGGCAUCCGCCCCUACCGAGACCCCUCCGCCUGGGGUAGCAGAGCCGUCACUUGAACCAGUACCGGCACGAGGCCCGGCCCUAUCCUGUGCGACACCACCUCUAUCUUCGCUGACACCCCCCCCGCACGGGGCUGGUGAGUCGUCUCCUCCCCUCAUCCCAGGCGAUCCUCUCGGAGCUCAGGCCGCCCACGGGGUCCCCUCUACAGCCAGUUCCGACGCCACAGCCCCGAUUGACCCCGCCGACACGGCGACAUCACCCAACCAGGUCGUGAGUUGCCCCACCUGCAGGAGCUCUCUCGCGAACCGACGCGCGCUCCAGCACCACAUUCCCUUCUGCCAUCCUGCGGACGCGGCUCGCAGGGCGCAGGCUGCCCAUGAUACCGCCUUGAUCAUCCCUUCCCUCUCACAGCCCCGUGCAACAUGGAUAAAGUUCACCGACGCACAGUGGCAGACGCUCGACUCGGUGGACUGGACAGAGUACUUCUCGCCCGAGCGUAUCCAUGCACGCCCUCUCCGACGUGUCCCGGAGAGGGUCCGCGGAGGAUAUCUCGACGUCCUCAGUGCGAUCCUAGUCCGCAUUGCCCAGGACCCGGAGGCUGCUGGCCCUACCUUCCUCCUCGCUGCAGCGCCGACUCUUUUCCUUGUUCCAGCGACGCCACCCGACCGCUCGCACACGGCUGCCAUUGCAACGCGCAUCUCCCGCUUUGGUCGAGGUGAGUGGGCUGAGCUAGUCUCAGAUGCACUAGGCCGUCGCACACCCCUUCCUCGGCGCACAGGUCACCGGUCACGCACCGCCACCGAUCCCUCUACAGCAGAUGAGCGCCGCAUUGCACGUUGCCUUCGUCUGGCAGCGUGCAAUGAGACCUCACGGGCGUGCGCGGCUCUCGAGUCCGCGGAGGCAGCCCCAGAUACACAGGGGACGAUACAGCGCCUGCAGUCGAAGCACCCCAACGCGGAGAGGCCGACCCCAGCUUGGCAGUCUGGCUUCCAGGGGUCCCCUCUCGUGCUCUCGGUGGAUCACUUACGCCGCGCGAUUUUCACAGCUCCGCGGGGCUCUUCGGGAGGACCGUCCGGUUGGGUCGCUGAGCACCUGCGAGACACUUUCCUAGCUUUCCCUCAGAGUCUCCAUUUCCUCCUUGCCGUGUACCAGCAGUGGCUUCGAGGCCGUUGCGCUCCAGCUGCGCGCUCCUUGCUAGGGUCUUCCACCCUUGUGGCUCUGGCGAAGUCGAACAUGGAUGUUCGGCCGAUUGCCAUCGGCGAGGUUUUGGUCCGCAUUCUUUCUCGUGCAGUCUGUCUCCAGCUACGUGACCAGAUGGCGAGGGUCUUCUUGGCGUCACAGCAGUUUGGGGUGGGGGUUACGUGCGGGACAGAGGUCGUAGUUAGAGGCGUCCGCCGCGCUCUGGCUGACCACCCAGACUGGGUGGUCCUGCAGCUAGACGUGGCGAAUGCCUUUAACUCCUUCCACCGAGACAGGAUGUUCCAGGCGCUGCAGGCCAGCCCGGAGUUUCAGUGCCUGAUCCCCUUCAUCGGCCUCUUCUACGGGACGCCCUCGGAUCUCCACUACAGGUCAGGCACGGGAGUGCGUCUUGCUUUGGAGCCGGUUCUGGUGGAGGGGGAUGUCCAGCUCUGGUCGUACGCCGAUGACACGUACGUGCUAGGUCCCCCAGACAGGGUGCUGCACCACUUUGCCGAGAUCGUGAGGCGCUUGGGCGAGAUGGGCCUUGCAGCCCAGCCGCACAAGUGCCUCGUCUACCAGACAGAGUCCUUUCUGUCCAGGGAUCUGGAGGCCUUCACGGGCCUAGGGAUCGAGGUCGCACGCCGAGGGCUCACCGUGACAGGCGUACCGGUAGGCACCGUUUCGUUCGUGGAGCAGAGUCUCCCGGAUCGUCUCGAGAGGAUGGGGCGGGUGCUACCUUGGCUUCCGAGGUUGCGCCAGCCCCAGACAGCUGCCCGCCUUCUGUCGGCGUGUGUCAGCACUCGUCCGCAGUACCUGUCGAGGACCGUCCCUCCUUCGCCCGCAGUGAUCUCUAGUUUGACACGGUGGGACGCACGCCUGGGAGAGACAUUUCAGCAGCUUUUAGCUUCAGGGACCUGGGCUUGUCGCGAGGACGUCCGAGAGGCCGCCCUAGACCAGAUCUUCCUCCCCAUCCGUCUCGGGGGUUUCGGCAUUCGUCGCAUGGCACGCAUUGCCCCGAGCUUCGCUUCAGGUGAGCCAGAGCAGAUCGACCGGGCUCUGCAGACGGCGCUAGAGGGUCUCUCACCUGACGUUCUCUCUCUCCUUCCCCCCUGGCCCUCUUGCGCUUCUGCCUCCCCCGAUUCCCUUUUUGCAGGAGCAAGCCGUCUUCUGGAGGCGCAUGCCUUGGAGGCCGUGCGUGCCCGUCACGCCUCUCCCUUGCACCUUGCCCGUUUGACUUCCCUUCGGGGCGGAGGUGCAGAGGCGUGGUUGACGUCGGUGCCGUACGCUGACCCACUGCGCAUCCCGGAGGCGCUGUGGCAGGCGGCUUCAUCUUCUCGUCUUGGUCUCCCUAUCCCCGAGUUAGCCCUUGCAGGUCAGUGCUCCUGCGGACAGGCGAUUGACGACAUGACGGUGCCUCAUCACGUGGUUCGGUGCCCGCGCUACGGGGUCGCCACUACCAUCCACGACACGGUGAAGUACAUGCUUCGAGACUUUGCGGUCGAGGCGGGCUUCGCGCCAGUGGUGGGAGAGGGGACGCGGGCUGAGGGACCGGGGGAGCAGAGAGGCGAGGCGGGACAGCCGGGUGGCGGGGGACAUUGGGGACAGCACCAGCUGCGGGGUCAGGUGGAGCGAGGGAUAGGUGGGCAGAGGGGACGGCAGGGGGAGCAGACGGGCCAGGACGGGGAGGGGAGACGGCACAGGCAGCAGCAGGAGAGCCAGUGGAGGCCGCGGGCCCAGGGCGCCGCGCCUCCAGGUUCGGCCUCGGAGGUGGGGCAGGGGCGGGAGCAGCAGAGAGCGGACGGAGGUACAGGAGGGGCAGCGGGAUUGGGAGGGGAGGGCCAGGGAGUGAGAGAGGCAGCAGGGGAUGGAGCACGGGGGUCGGGAGGGUUGGGGGAGGGUAGAGAGGGGGAGGGGAGAGGACAGGUGGAUGGAGGAGAGGAGAGGGGGAGAGAGACGAUCGGAGAGGAGGCGCCAAGGGACCAGACAGGGCAGCAGCCAGCGCAACAGCAGGGACCAGUCGGACACACAGGCCGUGUAGGCACCGCCUCCCGCAUCCCAGACCUCACCUGCCGCGACGUUGGCCAGGGUCUGAUGGUUCUUGUGGAUGUCUCCAUAGCGGAUCCACAGCGGGAGGGGAACGUGCAGCUGAGACGGGCGACCCCCACACAGAUUGGAGUGGCAGCAGCUAGGCGGGUGCAGGAGAAGCUGCGGCACUGGGGGCCGCACUUAGAGGGGCUGCAGCCGGCACCACACUUUUACGCGUGCAUGGCGGAGACCUUUGGCCUUCUGAGUGAGCCGCUGCGUCAGUUUCUGGGGCUCUGCGCAAAGAGGAUAGCACAGCGGAGGAGGGAUAGAGGUGGGGGGGAUGACGGAUCGGCACGGAUAUUUGAGGCAGGACUCACUACACGCCUCUCCGUUGCACUGCAGCGCGCGCAGGCUCAAUGCAUGAUCCAGCAUGCGGUGCGGCAGUUAGGGAGAUCCGAUGACGGCUUCUCCCCUCCCUGCCCCUCCCUCCUCCCCGCCCUGCCCCUCAUUUUCCGCGCCCCCCCUCCACGCCCGGUUUCUCCCCUCCCCGCGCCUCCCUUUCUUUCUCCGUGCCUCUCCUUUGCUCCCUCCCUGCCCCCGCCUGCCCAUGCCCCUGUCUUUGGCUUCUCCCCUCCCUGCCCCACGUUUCUUCCCUCCCUGCCCCCCGUCUGCCCCUCCCUUGUUUUCCCCUCACCCAUUGCUUCUCUCCUCCCUGCCCUUGAUUUCCCACACCCCUGCCCUCGUUUCCUAUCAUCCAUGCCCCUCGUUUUCCCCCUUUGUACGUUCAGCCUCUUCCCUCCCUGCCCCUCCCUUCCUCCCCCCCUGCCCUUUGCUCUCCCCUCGUUACGCUCCCUUCUCCCCAUCCCUGCUGCCCUCUUACCACCAUCAGCCCAUCCCCACGACCAGCCCCCCUCCCACCCUUCAAUCCCCCCCUCCCUCUCUCUCUCUCUCUCUCUCUCUCUCUCUCUCUCUCUCUUUCUCUCUCACACACACACGCACACUCCCCUCCCCCACCCCCCCACGUACAUCCUCCCAUUCUGCCCCUCCCUGCCCCUUUCCCACCCCCUCGCACGCCCCUCACCUCCCACCUCCGUGCAACUGGUUUCCCCCCUAUGGUGCCACCCUUGCAUCGCUCGCCCCUCUGCUCACCCUCUGCCCGCCCCUUUUCCGUGCCAUCAGUUGGCCCAGCCCCUGCCCGUUGCUGCCCCUCCCCUUGCCCCCUCAACUCCCCUGCCCCCCGUACACCCCAAGUCCCAUCCAACCGCCCCCACCCUCCCCCGGCUGCCCGUUUCCGCUCUCCACCCCCGCGACCGUCAUUACCGCCCCUCUCCCCUUAUCCCCCACCACGCCCCCAAGCAGGCUUUUCUCCCCCCAGCCCCCCGUCUCCCUGCCCUUAGUACCGCCGCGCUCUGCCCGUGCGUCACCCUCGCCCACUUCAUACCACCUCCCCCUUCUCCCCCCCCCGGCUUCUCCCUAUCAUCACCCGCAUGUUCCCCCACUCCCCUGUCCACAACGUCCCUCCUCCACCCCCCCUCCUGCCUUCCCCACUCCCACUCUGCCCCCCACACCUCUACGAGCCGUACCUCCCUCUCCAGCCUCCCUUUUCCCCCCCAGCUACUUUCGCAUCCAGCGUGGGCUGCACCUCUGCAUCCUGCCCUGCCAGGCCCUUCGAUGACCCAACUGCCGCCACCUGACACCACGCCGCCUUUCCCACCCCCAUCCAAUCUCUACACCCCCUGCCCCUGCUCCCUGCGCAAUCCAGCCACCUACCCCAGCCUCCCUCUACCUCUCCCUAACUCCACACCGCCGUUCCCACCCCCAGCCAGGGUCUACACCCCUUGCUUUUGCUCCCUGUGCUGUGCCGUCCCCAACCUCUGUCCGCCUUUCCGCGGCACCAGACCGCCUCUCCCUCCCCCAGCCAACCUCUGCACCCCCUGUUCCUGCCCCUUGUGCCUUCCAACACCCUACCCCAACCCCCCCCAGUCUCCCCCUUCUCCAACACCCUCCAUAUUUCCUCCCCCCUGGGGCUCGCCCAUCCGCAGUUAUCACCCUUCAUCAAUUCCCCAAUUCCCUCUGUCCCCUGUUUCCCAGCCCCGCAUCCUAUUCUGCAUUUACCACAGCGCCUCCUUUCGGUGCCCUCUCGGCCCUCCCACGUUCUCACCCCCCGCCUCCCAACCUUCUCAUUACCCGCUACCAGGCUCACGCCAACUCGACUACCCACUACCCUUUGCCCCUUCCUCUCUGUUCCCCACCCUUCCUUCCCCACUUGGCUCCACCUGCCCACCCCCACCUCCCGUGGAAUUCUGCCCUGCCCUCCCCACCUCUGGCCCACCACCUGUCCCCACACCCUGCUCACCCACCGCUACAUCACCCCCGCCCCCCCACCUCCACUACAGCCCGCCAACACUUCCCCUCUCAACCGGCCCCCAGCCCGCCCCCCCCUUGGGCCCCAAUCCCCUCCAACUGUCAGGCCCCCUCUACCCUCUCUUCCACCCACUGCGCACCGCUUUCCCCACCCUUUUUCCAUUUCCCCAAGCUAACCCCCCGCACCCCGGCCUCUGCCAGGGAGUUCCUUCCCCCUUUUACGCCCUCUUGAGCCAACUCCAGCAACUCACACCGCCACCGCCAGGCAUGCUGCCUCUAUUACUUGUGAAAACACUUAAUCCUACUAGCACCCCCAAGCACAUAGAAGCGGGAGAGGGCAGAGCCAGGGGGGAACUUGCAGCUAACACUGCACGGGAAGGGGUAAGUGAAUGUGUGUGCGAAGGAGCAGCAGAGGCUGCAGAGGAUGGGGCAGCAAAGGCUGCACGGGAAGGGGCAAUGGGGGUUGUGGGGGAAGGGGCAGCAGAGGUUGCAGAGGAAAGGGCAGCAGAGGCUGCAAGGGAAGGGGCAGCAGCGGCUGCACGGGAAAGGGCGGCAGAGGCUGCACGGGAAGGGGCGGCAGGGACCGUGACUCUAGCCAGGCAAAGGGCAGAGGCCAUGGAGACAGCGGGGAAGGGGGUAACGGGGACUGGUGCGAGGGAGAGUGCUGCCCCGGCUGUAGCAAGAGAGGGUACGGCAGGGGCUAGAGUGGGAGAAGGGACAGCAGUGGCCUCAAAGGAAGAAGGUGAGGCUGCAGCUGAAGCAGCAGGGAGGGCCAUAGCACGGCCAGUAGGGGCGGCAGGGGCCGCAGCAAACGCGGGGAAACACAUAGCAGGGCCGGCAGAGACUGCAAAAGGGGCUAGCAGUAAAGCGGCAGCAGGCAUGGUGGGCUCGGGGGACAUAGGGGCAACAGGGGAAGGAGAGGUGAGUGUGGUCCCGACCGGGGUGGGCACUGAAGAGGGGGAUGUGAUAGCGAUAGAGGAGGAUGAGGGAGAGGAUGUGAUGCACAUUGACGGGCCACUGGCCCAAUACCUCACGCUUGACGGUGAGGCCGACCCGGCCCCCCUGCAGCCUCACGUCGAGGUUCCCCCUCUACCCCCCAUGCCCGUCCCCAUGCUAGCAGAAGGACCAAUGGAGGGGCUGGGGGAGACCUUGAGGACAGAGCCGCGCGAAGGAGCCCCCAUCCUCACCUCCCGUCCUCCAGCCCACCCACCCCCAGGAGCACCACUUCCCCACCCCCACCCUCAGGUCCCGGUAGUAUCCAGGGGGGCAGCCAAGGCCCUGGCCUUCUUGGCGGAGCCGUGCUCCCCGACCCCCACGUUGCUCCAUGGCCAGCCCCCCUCUCCGUCCCCAACGCCUGACCCCACGGUUGCAGGCGGUCCACCGGGAGAGCACGCGGCACACCUCUGCCCCCACCCUCAGGGGCUCCUUAGAGCACCACGUGGAGCAGCCAGGGCUCUGGCCUUCCUAGAGGAGCCAUGCUCCCCGACUCCUACCAACACCCAGCCACCCCCUACCGGCCCACUACCCCCCCCUCCACCAGGCCCCCCCCCACCCGGUAGUACACACAUCUCGGAGGUUGAAGCAUCUCUGUGGCCAAAUCCCUCUCCCACACGCUACAGGCACCCAAACCACCCGAGUCGCCGCACAGCCCCAACACGCCCACCCAACAGGCUGCCCCCCUCACACCACCCCCCCCAGGCAGCCGAGACCCACCCGCAAGGGCUUGCGCCCCAGGCUCAUGGGAGCGGCGGCACCCGGGUAGAGGGGCCCACAGGAGAGGCCACCACAGAGCCCACACAAAUCUCUCUCCCCCCACCGCUUGUACCUCGCUCUAACCUCCACACUGGCCCAGCCCCUCGACCCCCACCUCCAACCCCCUCUCCCGGCCGGGUUCCCCACGAGCGCAGACAACCAGGUUGGCCGCCGGCGGAAGAACAGGGGCAGAGGAGGCAGAGGGUCAGCCCACCCCGACCACCAAACCUACACUCCCGCCCCGCUCCUGCACCUCCACAGGGCCAUGGGAGCGGACCAGCCCACUCACCCCCAUUCUGCCCCUCCCGUGCUGUGUCCCCCUCCCAGGUGGCGGCGGCCGCGAUCGCUACUGGGAUGGAGGCCGUCGGGUUGAGGGAUGCGCCCAUGGAAGACGCCACCGACUCCCCCUCCCAUCCCUCCCACCCCUUCCAUGUCGACGACCCCCUACCGCAACCCAUGGUGAUUAAGGAGGGCCAAGGGGGCCUUCUAGGGCAGGGUCCACACCCGAGCUCCGCUCAGCCAGCACGCCCCACUCCACCCUCUACCCUGCCAGCCCUCCUACUCUCACCUACAGGCAGGCAGGUCUUCGAGAACCCAGAGGAGGUGAGGGCUGGCAUUUCAGAUUUGCUGGCGAUACACCGCCCGAGCAGCUCUCCGGCUGCCCCCACCCUUCCAGUCCCACAGGACCGGACCCGGACGUAUGCGGAGGUCACCCGGUCUGUCCCUUCUUUUAUCCCCCCCGCCACUCAGCCAGGCGCGUCACUCCCGACCCCAAUGGAGACGGACCGGGUUCUGAGGCCGUGUCACGCGCACCUAGAUGGGGUGGCGCCUCCCCCCGUUCAGCCCGUGGCGCAGGAGGUCACCAGCAGUAGGGAUGAGGCAUCUGCCCCUACCGAGACCCCUCCGCCUGGGGUAGCAGAGCCGUCACUUGAACCGCACCCCGCCGAGGGGCAGGAGCACACCACGGCACACACUUCAGGCUCACCUCCACGUCCCCCCUCCCUAGCUUCGACACCGGUACCGGCACGAGGCCCGGCCCUAUCCUGUGCGACACCACCUCUAUCUUCGCUGACACCCCCCCCGCACGGGGCUGGUGAGUCGUCUCCUCCCCUCAUCCCAGGCGAUCCUCUCGGAGCUCAAGCCGCCCAUGGGGUCCCCUCUACAGCCAGUUCCGACGCCACAGCCCCGAUUGACCCCGCCGACACGGCGACAUCACCCGACCAGGUCGUGAGUUGCCUCACCUGCAGGAGCUCUCUCGCGAACCGACGCGCGCUCCAGCACCACAUUCCCUUCUGCCAUCCUGCGGACGCGGCUCGCAGGGCGCAGGCUGCCCAUGAUACCGCCUCGAUCAUCCCUUCCCUCUCACAGCCCCGUGCAACCGGGAUACAGUUCAUCGACGCACAGUGGCAGACGCUCGACUCGGUGGACUGGACAGAGUACUUCUCGCCCGAGCGUAUCCAUGCACGCCCUCUCCGACGUGUCCCGGAGAGGGUCCGCGGAGGAUAUCUCGACGUCCUCAGUGCGAUCCUAGUCCGCAUUGCCCAGGACCCGGAGGCUGCUGGCCCUACCUUCCUCCUCGCUGCAGCGCCGACUCUUUUCCUUGUUCCAGCGAUGCCACCCGACCGCUCGCACACGGCUGCCAUUGCAACGCGCAUCUCCCGCUUUGGUCGAGGUGAGUGGGCUGAGCUAGUCUCAGAUGCACUAGGCCGUCGCACACCCCUUCCUCGGCGCACAGGUCACCGGUCACGCACCGCCACCGAUCCCUCUACAGCAGAUGAGCGCCGCAUUGCACGUUGCCUUCGUCUGGCAGCAUGCAAUGAGACCUCACGGGCGUGCGCGGCUCUCGAGUCCGCGGAGGCAGCCCCAAAUACACAGGGGACGAUACAGCGCCUGCAGUCGAAGCACCCCAACGCGGAGAGGCCGACCCCAGCUUGGCAGUCUGGCUUCCAGGGGUCCCCUCUUGUGCUCUCGGUGGAUCACUUACGCCGCGCGAUUUUCACAGCUCCGCGGGGCUCUUCGGGAGGACCAUGGCGAGGAUUCUUCUUGGCGUCACAGCAGUUUGGGGUGGGGGUUAUGUGCGGGACAGAGGUCGUAGUUAGAGGCGUCCGCCGCGCUCUGGCUGACCACCCAGACUGGGUGGUCCUGCAGCUAGACGUGGCGAAUGCCUUUAACUCUUUCCACCGAGACAGGAUGUUCCAGGCGCUGCAGGCCAGCCCGGAGUUUCAGUGCCUGAUCCCCUUCAUCGGCCUCUUCUACGGGACGCCCUCGGAUCUCCACUACAGGUCAGGCACGGGAGUGGUCACGAUGCACUCGGAGCGGGGCACUCGCCAGGGAGACCCUCUCAGCCCCUUCUUGUACGCUCUGACACAGCGUCUUGCUUUGGAGCCGGUUCUGGUGGAGGGGGAUGUCCAGCUCUGGUCGUACGCCGAUGACACGUACGUGCUAGGUCCCCCAGACAGGGUGCUGCACCACUUUGCCGAGAUCGUGAGGCGCUUGGGCGAGAUGGGCCUUGCAGCCCAGCCGCACAAGUGCCUCGUCUACCAGACAGAGUCCUUUCUGUCCAGGGAUCUGGAGGCCUUCACAGGCCUAGGGAUCGAGGUCGCACGCCGAGGGCUCACCGUGACAGGCGUACCGGUAGGCACCGUUUCGUUCGUGGAGCAGAGUCUCCCGGAUCGUCUCGAGAGGAUGGGGCGGGUGCUACCUUGGCUUCCGAGGUUGCGCCAGCCCCAGACAGCUGCCCGCCUUCUGUCGGCGUGUGUCAGCACUCGUCCGCAGUACCUGUCGAGGACCGUCCCUCCUUCGCCCGCAGUGAUCUCUAGUUUUACACGGUGGGACGCACGCCUGGGAGAGACAUUUCAGCAGCUUUUAGCUUCAGGGACCUGGGCUUGUCGCGAGGACGUCCGAGAGGCCGCCCUAGACCAGAUCUUCCUCCCCAUCCGUCUCGGGGGUUUCGGCAUUCGUCGCAUGGCACGCAUUGCCCCGGUGAGUUUCGUGUGCUCCUGGGUGCAGUGUGCUCCCAUUCUCUGUUCUCUCCCUGCGUGUGGCGAGGCGUUUCGGCAGAGCUUCGCUUCAGGUGAGCCAGAGCAGAUCGACCGGGCUCUGCAGACGGCGCUAGAGGGUCUCCCACCUGACGUUCUCUCUCUCCUUCCCCCCUGGCCCUCUUGCGCUUCUGCCUCCCCCGAUUCCCUUUUUGCAGGAGCGAGCCGUCUUCUGGAGGCGCAUGCCUUGGAGGCUGUGCGUGCCCGUCACGCCUCUCCCUUGCACCUUGCCCGUUUGACUUCCCUUCAGGGCGGAGGUGCAGGGGCGUGGUUGACGUCGGUGCCGUACGCUGACCCACUGCGCAUCCCGGAGGCGCUGUGGCAGACGGCUUCAUCUUCUCGUCUUGGUCUCCCUAUCCCCCAGUUAGCCCUUGCAGGUCAGUGCUCCUGCGGACAGGCGAUUGACGACAUGACGGUGCCUCAUCACGCGGUUCAGUGCCCACGCUACGGGGUCGCCACUACCAUCCACGACACGGUGAAGUACAUGCUUCGAGACUUUGCGGUCGAGGCGGGCUUCGCGGUAAAGGUGGAGGACUCUACACUGUUCACACAGUUGGAGGCGGCUCGAGCGAGACUACUGGGACAGCCAGUGGUGGGAGAGGGGACGCGGGCUGAGGGACCGGGGGAGCAGAGAGGCGAGGCGGGAUCGCCGGGUGGCGGGGGACAGUGGGGACAGCACCAGCUGCGGGGUCAGGUGGAGCGAGGGAUAGGUGGGCAGAGGGGACGGCAGGGGGAGCAGACGGGCCAGGACGGGGAGGGGAGACGGCACAGGCAGCAGCAGGAGAGCCAGUGGAGGCCGCGGGCCCAGGGCGCCGCGCCUCCAGGUUCGGCCUCGGGGGUGGGGCAGGGGCGGGAGCAGCAGAGAGCGGACGGAGGUACAGGAGGGGCAGCGGAAUUGGGAGGGGAGGGCCAGGGAGUGAGAGAGGCAGCAGGGGAUGGAGCAGGGGGGUCGGGAGGGUUGGGGGAGGGUAGAGAGGGGGAGGGGAGAGGACAGGUGGAUGGAGGAGAGGAGAGGGGGAGAGAGACGAUCGGAGAGGAGGCACCAAGGGACCAGACAGGGCAGCAGCCAGCGCAGCAGCAGGGACCAGUCGGACGCACAGGCCGUGUAGGCACCGCCUCCCGCAUCCCAGACCUCACCUGCCGCGACGUUGGCCAGGGUCUGAUGGUUCUUGUGGAUGUCUCCAUAGCGGAUCCACAGCGGGAGGGGAACGUGCAUCUGAGACGGGCGACCCCCACACAGAUUGGAGUGGCAGCAGCUAGGCGGGUGCAGGAGAAGCUGCGGCACUGGGGGCCGCACUUAGAGGGGCUGCAGCCGGCACCACACUUUUACGCGUGCGUGGCGGAGACCUUUGGCCUUCUGAGUGAGCCGCUGCGUCAGUUUCUGGGGCUCUGCGCAAAGAGGAUAGCACAGCGGAGGAGGGAUAGAGGUGGGGGGGAUGACGGAUCGGCACGGAUAUUUGAGGCAGGACUCACUACACGCCUCUCCGUUGCACUGCAGCGCGCGCAGGCUCAAUGCAUGAUCCAGCAUGCGGUGCGUCACACCCCCUGCCCCCUCAUGCCAUCCGCUCCCCCCGCCCCUACCCUCCGCGUGCCCGCUCCCUUGCCGCCUCUUUUGACCCUCCCUGCCCCCCCUCGCCGUUUCCCACCGCCCGCCAUUCGCUCCUCCCCGCCCGUGCGCUCCCCUCCUUUACCUUCUCCUCCCCCCUCCCCUCCUCUGCUGCACGCCUCUUCCUUCCCCUCGCUGACCCACUCCACUCCCUGCCCCUCCUCAAUCCGCACCCUGCCCCUCGUAUCUCGCCCCCCUAUGCUUGGUUUCUCCCCUCCCUGCCCCUCGCCGCCUUUCCCCGCUCCCCACCUCCCCCCUCUCCCUGCCCCCCCACUCUCCCCCCCUUGUCCUUGGCUUCCUACCUCCCUGCCUCACCUUUCCCCCCUCCGUGUGCUCAGCUUCUCCCCUCCCUGCCCCUCCCUCCUCCCCGCCCUGCCCCUCAUUUUCCGCCCCCCCCCCCCCCCUCCCCCCCCACGCCCGGUUUCUCCCCUCCCCGCGCCUCCCUUUCUUUCUCCGUGCCUCUCCUUUGCUCCCUCCCUGCCCCCGCCUGCCCAUGCCCCUGUCUUUGGCUUCUCCCCUCCCUGCCCCACGUUUCUUCCCUCCCUGCCCCCCGUCUGCCCCUCCCUUGUUUUCCCCUCACCCAUUGCUUCUCUCCUCCCUGCCCUUGAUUUCCCACACCCCUGCCCUCGUUUCCUAUCAUCCAUGCCCCUCGUUUCCCCCCUUUGUACGUUCAGCCUCUUCCCUCCCUGCCCCUCCCUUCCUCCCCCCUUGCCCUUUGCUCUCCCCUCGUUACGCUCCCUUCUCCCCAUCCCUGCUGCCCUCUUACCACCAUCAGCCCAUCCCCACGACCAGCCCCCCUCCCACCCUUCAAUCCCCCCCUCCCUCUCUCUCUCUCUCUCUCUCUCUCUCUCUCUCUCUCUCUCUCUCUCUCUCUCUCUCUCUCUCUCUUUUUCUCACACACACACACACACGCACACUCCCCUCCCCCACCCACGUACAUCCUCCCAUUCUGCACCUCCCUGCCCCUUUCCCACCCCCUCGCACACCCCUCACCUCCCACCUCCGUGCAACUGGUUUCCCCCCUAUGGUGCCACCCUUGCAUCGCUCGCCCCUCUGCUCACCCUCUGCCCGCCCCUUUUCCGUGCCCUCAGUUGGCCCAGCCCCUGCCCGUUGCUGCCCCUCCCCUUGCCCCCUCAACUCCCCUGCCCCCCGUACACCCCAAGUCCCAUCCAACCGCCCCCACCCUCCCCCGGCUGCCCGUUUCCGCUCUCCACCCCCGCGACCGUGUGCGGCUUCCAACCGCCCAACGGUGGUGCGCACGGGGCGUUUCUUCGCAUGGGCAAGCCUCCCCGGGGGCCCCCCACCCCGCUGGGUCGUUCCCCCCGUCUCCCUGCCCUUAGUACCGCCGCGCUCUGCCCGUGCGUCACCCUUGCCCACUUCAUACCACCUCCCCCUUCUCCCCCCCCCGGCUUCUCCCUAUCAUCACCCGCAUGUUCCCCCACUCCCCUGUCCACAACGUCCCUCCUCCACCCCCCCCUCCUGCCUUCCCCACUCCCACUCUGCCCCCCACACCUCUACGAGCCGUACCUCCCCCUCCAGCCUCCCUUUUCCCCCCCAGCUACUUCCGCAUCCAGCCCACCUACCCCAGCCUCCCUCUACCUCUCCCUAACUCCACACCGCCGUUCCCACCCCCAGCCAUGGUCUACACCCCUUGCUUUUGCUCCCUGUGCUGUGCCGUCCCCAACCUCCGUCCGCCUUUCCGCGGCACCAGACCGCCUCUCCCUCCCCCAGCCAACCUCUGCACCCCCUGUUCCUGCCCCUUGUGCCUUCCAACACCCUACCCCAACCCCCCUCAGUCUCCCCCUUCUCCAACACCCUCCAUAUUUCCUCCCCCCUGGGGCUCGCCCAUCCGCACGCCUCCUUUCGGUGCCCUCUCGGCCCUCCCACGUUCUCACCCCCCGCCUCCCAACCUUCUCAUUACCCGCUACCAGGCUCACGCCAACUCGACUACCCACUACCCUUUGCCCCUUCCUCUCUGUUCCCCACCCUUCCUUCCCCACUUGGCUCCACCUGCCCACCCCCACCUCCCGUGGAAUUCUGCCCUGCCCUCCCCACCUCUGGCCCACCACCUGUCCCCACACCCUGCUCACCCACCACUACAUCACCCCCGCCCCCCCACCUCCACUACAGCCCGCCAACACUUCCCCUCUCAACCGGCCCCCAGCCCGCCCCCCCCUUGGGCCCAAUCCCCUCCAACCUGUCAGGACCCCCUCUACCCUCUCUUCCACCCACUGCGCACCGCUUGCCCCACCCUUUUUCCAUUUCCCCAAGCUAACCCCCCGCACCCCGGCCUCUGCCAGGGACGGGGGCGGCACCCAUGCAUGCCAAGUGGAGAGAUCCUCCAACUCACUCGCUACCUCCCAUUCGCAAACCAGAUUACUUGUGAAAACACUUAAUCCUACUAGCACCCCCAAGCACAUAGAAGCGGGAGAGGGCAGAGCCACGGGGGAACUUGCAGCUAACACUGCACGGGAAGGGGUAAGUGAAUGUGUGUGCGAAGGAGCAGCAGAGGCUGCAGAGGAUGGGGCAGCAAAGGCUGCACGGGAAGGGGCAAUGGGGGUUGUGGGGGAAGGGGCAGCAGAGGUUGCAGAGGAAAGGGCAGCAGAGGCUGCAAGGGAAGGGGCAGCAGCGGCUGCACGGGAAAGGGCGGCAGAGGCUGCACGGGAAGGGGCGGCAGGGACCGUGACUCUGGCCAGGCAAAGGGCAGAGGCCAUGGAGACAGUCGAGGCUGCAAGGACUGCAGCAGGAGCGACAGAGGCCACAGUGGGGGCCGGUACAGGGGGAGGUGCUACGGGUGCAGCGGGGAAGGGGGUAACGGGGACUGGUGCGAGGGAGAGUGCCGCCCCGGCUGUAUCAAGAGAGGGUACGGCAGGGGCUAGAGUGGGAGAAGGGACAGCAGUGGCCUCAAAGGCAGAAGGUGAGGCUGCAGCGGAAGCAGCAGGGAGGGCCAUAGCACGGCCAGUAGGGGCGGCAGGGGCCGCAGCAAACGCGGGGAAACACACAGCAGGGCCGGCAGAGACUGCAAAAGGGGCUAGCAGUAAAGCGGCAGCAGGCGGGGUGGGCUCGGGGGACAUAGGGGCAACAGGGGAAGGAGAGGUGAGUGUGGUCCCGACCGGGGUGGGCACUGAAGAGGGGGAUGUGAUAGCGAUAGAGGAGGAUGAGGGAGAGGAUGUGAUGCACAUUGACGGGCCACUGGCCCAAUACCUCACGCUUGACGGUGAGGCCGACCCGGCCCCCCUGCAGCCUCACGUCGAGGUUCCCCCUCUACCCCCCAUGCCCGUCCCCAUGCUAGCAGAAGGACCGAUGGAGGGGCUGGGGGAGACCUUGAGGACAGAGCCGCGCGAGGGAGCCCCCAUCCUCACCUCCCGUCCUCCAGCCCACCCACCCCCAGGAGCACCACUUCCCCACCCCCACCCUCAGGUCCCGGUAGUAUCCAGGGGGGCAGCCAAGGCCCUGGCCUUCUUGGCGGAGCCGUGCUCCCCGACCCCCACGUUGCUCCAUGGCCAGCCCCCCUCUCCGUCCCCAACGCCUGACCCCACGGUUGCAGGCGGUCCACCGGGAGAGCACGUGGCACACCUCUGCCCCCACCCUCAGGGGCUCCUUAGAGCACCACGUGGAGCAGCCAGGGCUCUGGCCUUCCUAGAGGAGCCAUGCUCCCCGACUCCUACCAACACCCAGCCACCCCCUACCGGCCCACUACCCCCCCCUCCACCAGGCACCCCCCCACCCGGUAGUACACACAUCUCGGAGGUUGAAGCAUCUCUGCGGCCAAAUCCCUCUCCCACACGCUACAGGCACCCAAACCACCCGAGUCGCCGCACAGCCCCAACACGCCCACCCAACAGGCUGCCCCCCUCACACCACCCCCCCCAGGCAGCCGAGACCCACCCGCAAGGGCUUGCGCCCCAGGCUCAUGGGAGCGGCGGCACCCGGGUAGAGGGGCCCACAGGAGAGGCCACCACAGAGCCCACACAAAUCUCUCUCCCCCCACCGCUUGUACCUCGCUCUAACCUCCAUACUGGCCCAGCCCCUCGACCCCCACCUCCAACCCCCUCUCCCAGCCGGGUUCCCCACGAGUGGCCCCGUUGGGCAGCCAUCACCCCCCACACACAGCCUGCCCGAUCUGUUCCCACGGAGGGGGAUGUUUCGAGGAGAGAGGGGAUGCACACAGAGCACCCCCCGCCUGGCGAACCACCCAUCCUCCCUCCACCCACCCCUUUGGCCCCACAGCCCCCCCUUCCUUCACAAACAGGCGCGGACAACCAGGUGGCGGCGGCCGCGAUCGUUACUGGGAUGGAGGCCGUCGGGUUGAGGGAUGCGCCCAUGGAAGAUGCCACCGACUCCCCCUCCCAUCCCUCCCACCCCUUCCAUGUCGACGACCCCCUACCGCAACCCAUGGCAGGUCUUCGAGACCCCAGAGGAGGUGAGGGCUGGCAUUUCAGAUUUGCUGGCGAUACACCGCCCGAGCAGCUCUCCGGCUGCCCCCACCCUUCCAGUCCCACAGGACCGGACCCGGACGUAUGCGGAGGUCACCCGGUCUGUCCCUUCUUUUAUCCCCCCCGCCACUCAGCCAGGCGCGUCACUCCCGACCCCAAUGGAGACGGACCGGUUCUGAGGCCGUGUCACGCGCACCUAGAUGGGGUGGCGCCUCCCCCCGUUCAGCCCGUGGCGCAGGAGGUCACCAGCAGUAGGGAUGAGGCAUCCGCCCCUACCGAGACCCCUCCGCCUGGGGUAGCAGAGCCGUCACUUGAACCGCACCCCGCCGAGGGGCAGGAGCACACCACGGCACACACUUCAGGCUCACCUCCACGUCCCCCCUCCCCAGCUUCGACACCGGUACCGGCACGAGGCCCGGCCCUAUCCUGUGCGACACCACCUCUAUCUUCGCUGACACCCCCCCCGCACGGGGCUGGUGAGUCGUCUCCUCCCCUCAUCCCAGGCGAUCCUCUCGGAGCUCAGGCCGCCCACGGGGUCCCCUCUACAGCCAGUUCCGACGCCACGGCCCCGAUUGACCCCGCCGACACGGCGACAUCACCCGACCAGGUCGUGAGUUGCCCCACCUGCAGGAGCUCUCUCGCGAACCGACGCGCGCUAAAGCACCACAUUCCCUUCUGCCAUCCUGCGGACGCGGCUCGCAGGGCGCGGGCUGCCCAUGAUACCGCCUUGAUCAUCCCUUCCCUCUCACAGCCCCGUGCGACCGGGAUACAGUUCACCGACGCACAGUGGCAGACGCUCGACUCGGUGGACUGGACAGAGUACUUCUCGCCCGAGCGUAUCCAUGCACGCCCUCUCCGACGUGUCCCGGAGAGGGUCCGAGGAGGAUAUCUCGACGUCCUCAGUGCGAUCCUAGUCCGCAUUGCCCAGGACCCGGAGGCUGCUGGCCCUACCUUCCUCCUCGCUGCAGCGCCGACUCUUUUCCUUGUUCCAGCGACGCCACCCGACCGCUCGCACGCGGCUGCCAUUGCAACGCGCAUCUCCCGCUUUGGUCGAGGUGAGUGA